AUGAUGAUUGCUUUUUCUGCUAAGAUUAAGCUUGGUUUUAUUGAUGGAAAUAUUCCUAAACCAGCUUCUACAGAUGUUUUCUCAGCUUGGAAGAGAUGUGAUGCUAUAAUCAUAUCUUAUAUUCUGAGAUCACAUGAUAAUUCGAUUGCAAGAAGUGUGUUAUAUCUGACAACUUCAAGAGAAAUCUGGAAAGAUUUGGAGGAAAGAUAUUCUCAAACCUCUAGACUACAACUAUUCACACUGCAGCAAAAGCUUUUAGAGCUUAAUCAAUUAAGGAGUUGCUCACAAUUUAUUGUGGAUAACAACAAAAAGCCAAGUCCAUUCUUUAGUGAAUAUUGGAAGUUUCCUGGUCAUACAGUGGAUAAGUGUUACAAAAUCCAUGGCUAUUCACCUAGUCAUGGAAACAAGUUCAAAGGCAAGAAGGUGGCUGCAAUUGUGCAAGAUGAUGAUGAUGAUGCACAAGAUUCAGAUGAUACUAUUGCUAGCUCAGGAGGUUCACUUGCACAGUCUGAGUCUAUUGCAGGAGCUUAUGUUGCAGGUACUUGCCUUAUAAUUUGUUCUAAUUCUAGCUGGAUAAUUAACAGUGGAGCUACUGAUCAUAUAUGCUCUAACAUUGAUUUAUUUAGUGAGAUUAGAGUUUUUGACAAGUUUCCUAAUACUAUUACUAUUACUAAUGGGAAAAAGGUGGUAGUAAAUCACAUUGGUACUGUUAAGUUUGACAAUGGUAUUCAGCUGGAAAAUGUGCUUCAUGUUCCUGGAUUCAAAUUUAAUUUGGUUUCUACACAUAAAUUGUGUAAGGAUUUGAAUUGUGAAGUCACAUUUACUCAUGAUAAGUGCUUAAUUCAGGAUACAACUUCGAAUCAGUCCUUGGUUCUUGGUAGUUUGAGUUCUGGCUUUUGUACAGUUGGCAAUGAUAUUGUAUGUCAGAUACAUGCGGUCCAUAUAGGGUUUAGCUACUUUCUUACUGUUGUUGAAGAUUUUUCAAGACAUACUUGGACUUUCUUAAUGAAGAAUAAAAGUGAUGUUGUUUUUGUUUUGAAUAAUCUUGUUACUUUGACUGAAACUCAGUUCAAUACUAAAGUUUUGAGCUUUAGAGCUGAUAAUGCAAAGGAACUUUGUGAAGGUGAAAUAUUACAUUUGUUCCAUGGUAAAGGGAUAGUGCAUCAAAGGGUUGAAAGAAAGCACAUACACCUUUUGGAAACUGCAAGAGAUACUUCUAUACCAAAUGAACCUACUCCUGAACCUUCUCCUACCCAAAGCCCACAUUCUGAACCACAAACACUAACUAGUUAUGUCCCUAUUAGACAGUCAACAAGACCAAGGAAAUGGCCUUCUCAUUUUGGUAAUUUUGUCUACAUAGCUGACAAUGUGACAGAACACUGGUGCAACUUGGUUCGGUUUGAGUUCAUUCCUUCUGAAGCAAAAGCAUUAAUCAAUACAAUUACUCAGGUUAGUGAACCAGUGAGUUACUUUGAAGCUUCUCGGCAUCCUAGUUGGGUUAAGGCCAUGCAGAAGGAAAUUGAUGCUUUGACAGCAAAUGAAACCUGGGAAUUGGUUCCUUUACCUAAAGGAAAGAAGCCCAUUGGCUGUAAAUGGAUUUUCAAGGUAAAGUUAAAAGCAGAUGGAGCAAUUAAAAGGCUGAAAACAAGGUUGGUUGCCAAAGGUUUUACUCAGAAAUAUGGCAUAGAUUAA